GAUGAACUUAAGAAUGUCGAUCUUCUUCUUCGAAUUGAUGGCUGGUCCUCUGACUGUCAGUACCUAUCCACCGAGGGCGACGUAGGAGGCAUUUGUAGCACUCUGCACGAGGGUAGAAAACUCCACGGUCUACUACCCAAACAUUGCUGCCAUCGCCCUCCCUACACUGCCGCCGUCUGUCUCACAACCUACUCCAGGGGCAGGAGGCAGCACUAGGGUUUCGAUCGCGCCCCUCAAAUCCUGUCGAUUUGAUUCAGUCGUCGGUCCUGAAAGCCCCAACCUCGGUGGCCUCCGCUAAUUCUGCAAAUCUCAAAUCAAAGCUCGUUGGAGGACCGAGGAAGUCGACCAAAGCGAAGAAAUCACAAGCGAAAAGGUGAGGAAGAUGAGGGACAGAACAAUCGCGAAAGACAGGAAAAAGAUAAGUAGUUUUAAUUCAUGGGGAAAAUGUAAGAGUCACAUACUUAAUUUGAUAAUUAUCAAAGUUGAUUUGGAUAAUUGGCAAACUUAUUUACAUGAUUCGAUAAUUGGGCCGGUAAUACUGCAAGUGUUGACAUCAAUCUGACGUCUGAACCGGAUUGAAAACAUGAACCGGCAAGGGUGACGCUUCAAAUACUCGCCCUUGCGGCGAUUCGACUUCCAAAACCCUAGCACUAAUUCCCACUUCAUCCGCCUCGGUCCGCUGCCGCCGUCGCGAUGCCGCCCAAACUCGAUCCGACCCAGGUCGUCGACGUCUUCGUGCGCGUCACCGGUGGUGAGGUCGGUGCAGCCAGCUCUCUUGCGCCAAAGAUCGGCCCUUUGGGUCUCUCCCCGAAGAAGGUCGGAGAGGACAUCGCCAAGGAGACGGCCAAAGACUGGAAGGGCCUUCGAGUCACCGUCAAGCUCACUGUCCAGAACCGCCAGGCCAAGGUCUCCGUCGUUCCCUCCGCCGCCGCCCUCGUCAUCAAGGCCCUCAAGGAACCCGAGCGAGACCGCAAGAAGACCAAGAACAUCAAGCACAACGGAAACAUCUCUUUGGACGAUGUCAUUGAGAUCGCAAGGGUGAUGCGCUCCAGAUCCAUGGCAAAGGACCUCUCCGGCACUAUCAAAGAGAUUCUCGGAACUUGCGUCUCCGUAGGCUGCACGGUUGACGGCAAGGAUCCCAAGGACCUUCAGCAGGAGAUAUCGGAUGGUGAGGCAGAGGUUCCUCUUGAGUGAUUUUAGCUUAAUUUUGCGCUUAGAUCAUUUUGCUUUAAAUUACUUACUUUGCUCUUUAUCUAAGGUAGUUUUGUUGGAUUUGAUCUUAGUUACAUUUGAAAUCAAAACUUUUAUUCAUCAGCAAAAAAUAAUGUGCUUCAUUUUUGUAGUU